GAAACUUCAUUCAGUACAAGUUGUAAAACAUCCGUUAUGUUGGUAAAACAUAACAAUGAUGUUGGCAAUAUCAAAACAAAUAUCGAUAGUGAACAAUGAUUUUAAAAACAUUAGUACGCGCGAAAGUUGUGUCGUGUGCAUUUACCGGUGGAAAAUAUUUAUCUAAUAAUAUAAGGAUAUUAAAAAAAAUGGGACCACUCGAAACGGCAAAAAAAAUUGCUGCUUAUAAAGCUAUCGACGAAUAUGUCAAGGAUAAUACCGUAAUUGGAAUUGGUAGUGGAUCUACUAUUAUUCAUGCUGUACACAGACUUGCCGAACGUGUAAAGGAAGAAAAACUUAAUGUUGUUUGUAUUCCUACAUCGUAUCAAGCUCGACAACUGAUAUUGAAUAAUCAUUUAACAUUAGGCGAUUUAGAAUCUUUUCCAAAGUUAGAUUGUGCCAUUGAUGGUGCAGAUGAAGUUGAUGCUGAAAUGAAUAUCAUCAAAGGUGGUGGGGGAUGUUUGCUUCAAGAAAAAAUUGUCGCUUCAUGUGCCAAAGAAUUUAUUAUUAUAGCUGAUUAUACAAAACAUUCGGAAAAACUUGGACAACAAUAUAAGCAAGGUAUACCUAUCGAAGUAGUACCUAUGGCAUAUGUUCCUAUUCAACAUAGAAUUGAAGAUAAUUAUGGUGGCGACGUAAAGAUAAGAAUGGCUGUUGCUAAAGCUGGACCUAUAAUAACCGACAAUGGUAAUUUUAUUUUGGAUUGGCAUUUUCCACAAGAUUUGAGCGAUUGGAAUAAAAUCAAUGAAGAAAUUUUAUUGAUGCCUGGAGUAGUAGAGACUGGUCUUUUUAUUAAAAUGGCAAAUAAAGCAUAUUUUGGUAUGACAGAUGGCAGUAUCAAGGAACAACCAUAAAAAAAAA